AUGGAUCAUUCACGUCCCUGGCCAACAAUGUUUCAGAGAGAAGCAGACCCAAUGCCUGGAUGUCGGCGAUUUGAUAUUUUUUUGAAUAAGAACCGAUUUGUCGAUCAUAAAAUAUUGGGUGCGUUAGAUAACACUUGGUACACGAUACUUGCUAAAGAAUGGAGCGAGAAUACGAAAUUCUGGGAACACGAGUUCAAUAAGCAUGGAAGCUGUGCCACUCGUUCAAGUGUCAUUGGAGAUGAUGUGAACUAUUUUAAGAGAACACUCGAGCUACAUCGUCAGCUGAACAUUGGCAUGACGUUUUCCCUAGGUGGACUUAAAACUGGUGCUACCAUCAAAUUGCGAUAUAUUAUUGAUAUUAUCGAAAAAAAAGUUGGCGCAACGGUCAAAAUUGACUUUGUUCAGAAUCCAUACACUGGAGAAAACUAUAUAACGGAACUUUAUAUCUGCUACGACACACAUCUCAGAGUGAUGGACUGCCCAAAUGUAUAUUGGUCUAAUGAAAAAUUGGAGACAGACAUUAGGUAUUUGGAUCAGCUGCCACGCGCGUAG